AUGACGGACCUGCUGAAGGAAUACACAUUCCCAGAGACUGAUGCUGCUCUUGGGAGCGGCGCUUUCGGCACAGUCAUGAAAGUGACACACAAUGGGACCGGAGAGGUGCGUGCAAUGAAAGCCGUGCGCCUCUCGGAUGGCGCUGAGUCUGCGCAGCUUCGGGAGCUUGUGGAAUUGGAGGUGUCCAUGCUCAAGAGCUUGGAUCACGUAAACCUCUUGCGCCUCCACGAAGCAUUUCGAGACGCAAGUUGUGUCUAUUUGGUUACCGAGCUGUGCGCGGGGGGCUCGUUGGCUGAGCGCCUCGCACAUCAGAGGACUCACCUGCGAAAGCCCAUGCUGGAGGGCCUAGCAGCAGCCUAUGCGGAGCAGAUCCUCAGUGCGGCCAGCUACUGCCACGAUCGAGGAGUGCUUCACCGGGACCUGAAGCCCGAGAAUGUGCUCUUGUUGACCGCACGGUCUGACAGUCCCGUCAAGGUGAUUGACUUCGGGCUGUCAGAUACAGUGGAGCGAAUUCGGCUGAAUUGCACGCAGGAGGUGCACGACAGAAGUGGUGCUCUUGGCGCAGUGGCUCGGCUGCUGCCAAAGUUGCCUGGAGGACUAGAGAUCUUGGCCACGAAGGAGACCAAGGAGGUCAUGCAAAGAGCAGGAACUCCUCAUUACAUGGCUCCAGAGGUCUACGCGGGGAGGUAUGAUGACAAAGCUGAUGUCUGGUCGAUUGGGGUGAUCCUGUUCGAGAUGUUGUCAAAUCGUCAUCCCUUCUACACGGAGGGAAACGAUCUGGAAGCUGUGAAGCGUCGCAUCUUGACCCCAGCGGGGGCAGAUUUCUGUGAUCCAGCCUGGGGUGAGGUCAGCACGCCUGCGCAACGAGCGUGCCAGGAAUGCUUGCAGCCGGACCCAAAGCGCCGACCAUCUGCGAAGCAGACGUUGGCACAUAAAUGGUUUACGACAGUCCCUCGGCUGGCUCUGGGUAUGUCGGGUGGCAUGGACAGCGGACGCUCAGGUUUUCUGGCUUCGGCAAGAUCGCCACCACGCAUUUCUGCCGGUCAGGUGCUGGACGCCUUGCAAAACUUCGCAUUUCCAGGUUACGUGGGGACCACAAGAGCGCGGCUACGGCAGGCCUUCCUGCGGUUAGUUGCGCGGGAGCUAGCGGAGGUACAACAGGAGGGCCUGCGAGGGGCAUUUCUCCGAUUGGAUUGUGAUGGUGAUGGUGCCCUCAGCGCAGCAGAUCUAGCUGCGGGCCUUGAAUCCACAGACACGAGCAGCAGCCACCAAUCCAUCCUCUCUAUGCUGGGAUUCCAAACUACCAACGACAAUGGCCAAAUGGAGGAAAUCAGGUCCUUGGUUGCCACGGCCGGCACUGCUGGAGAGAAUAUGGGUUUCAGUGACUUUCUGGCUGUGAUGUUGCCGUACCAUGUUGCAGUCCAGGAGCCGCAGCUUCGGAGUGCUUUCGGGCGCUUGGACAGCGCAAAAACUGGGCGGUUGCCAAAGUCCACCCUGCAGGGCGCGCUGCAGGUGGGGCAAGCUGUCCCCCAAGAAGAGGUGGCAGCCUUCAAUGCUGGACUUCCGCAGGACUUGAGCUAUGCGGAGUUCCGUCAGCUGGUGGGUCUUCAUCCUUAG